CCAGGUUUACUGCAGUUGUGUUCGGACGGUUCGGAAGUUGCAAUCUGCACAAACUCUACCUCAUUUAGUUUUCCCCGUUUUAUGUUAAACAUAAAUAUUUGAUGGUGUGUGAAAUGGACUCGACGAAUAUCAACGAGGACGGCAGGGCGAGUGUUGAACCCGCCGGCGCCGCUUCCGGGCCGCUUUCCGGGAACUGUGUUAAUGCGAGACAGUCACCGAAAGUGUGCGUCCCGACGCCGACGCCGAACCUACCAGCACACAGGAACUCCACCUCGCCGUCGCUCCCGCGGAAGAUCAUCAGCAGAAAUCACAACAACACAAUAUUUCAAACUUCGUACCCAACGAAUUUAGCCGAACUGCAAUUAUACAGGGUGAUGCAAAAUGCCUCGUUGUUGGUGUACUACGACACACUUCUUGAAAUGGGCGGCGAUGACGUCCAACAAUUAUGCGACGCUGGCGAGGAGGAAUUUUUAGAAAUAAUGUCACUGGUGGGAAUGGCGUCGAAACCGCUCCAUGUUAGAAGAUUGCAGAAAUCUUUACAAGAAUGGGUGACCAACCCCACCAAGUUCAAAUUACCCUUAGUGCCAGGAGAAGACUUCGAAGUCGAGUUAUCCAGCCCUCGAGUAACCAGUAACCACGGGUUUUACUCAGUGGACAGCGGGGAUAACUGUCGAACGAUUUACUCGCCCUCUCCUGGCGACGUUUGUGCCUUACCCCCCAUCGCCAGCCCCGGACUUACUCUAAACAAAAGGCCUUAUUCACCACUAGACCCUUCCUGUCCUCCUUCUUCUAGUUCGAGUCCUGGCAGUAGCAUGUCGCAAACAACCCCCACUUUGGUCGACUCACAAAUUGCCAAAUUAGCAGCUGCUGCUGAAAGACUGAGCAAACACUUGCCCCAAUUUGAACCAAAAGCACACAACACGAAGAAAAAAGUCUGCAAAGAGCUAGAGUUGGUGAUGUCGAUGCCGGAGAACGACCCGCGGCGCAUGGACGAAAUCCGGCGCUACGCGGCCAUUUACGGCCGUUUCGACUGUAAGAGAAAACCGGAAAAGCCUUUAACACUCCACGAGGUGUCGGUAAACGAGGCUGCGGCCCAAAUUUGCCGAUUUAUUCCCGCUUUAUUGACUCGACGCGACGAACUUUUCCCUCUAGCACGGCAAGUUGUCAAAGAUUCCGGCUGUUAUUACUCGAAAACGCAGUUGUCGACCAUGUACAUGAAUAAGAAUCUUUGCCAAGAUAAGGAUAUUCUAGACGUGAGAUGCAGUCCACGAAUUAGUGAUAUGGAAGGUCCUUUGACUAAGAAACCGAAAAUUGAAACGAACUCAGAUGGCGAUGAGCAACGGCAGGAAACAAGUUCUGACGAAACUGUUGUUAUGCGAACUUCACUUCACUCUUUGUUUCACAACCAUUCGAAAAUUCACAGGGACAUUUCCAUUCGAAGAUCAUCUCUAGCUGUGGACUUCGAGGAUGGCGAUUCGCAUUUUUCUUACAGUAAUUCGAAUUCACCUUCACAGGUACAUGUUUUUUCUAGGGUAACAACGCAUAGCCACGAUCAGGACUCGUAUCCAGGAACAAAUCAUCAGAAUAAAAUCGACGACUCGAACGACGCUGAUGAAGAUUCACGUAAACUUUCGCCCAAAGUUCAAGUAAUUGCAGCUAGCGGUGACAAUAUAAUAGCAGUAGCAAACCCAGCUUUGGCCAUGUCACCAGCGAUUAUAGCACCUUUAGUCGAUACAAGAGAAAGAAAUCUAGAGAAGGAAUGACUGAUAAACUCCACUUCUGUGAUUUCUUAUUAGAAGUGUUAAAUGACUGAAACAAUUCUUUACUUGUUAAGUUAAUGCUACGAUAUAUAUUUAUUUACGUACUUUUUUAUCUCUUUUUUUAAUAAAUAUUCUGUUUGUGUGACGUUAGAGUAUAUUUAAUUUGCUUUCACGAUGUUAAGAAGAAAUGACAUAUUUUUUUAAAUCCUACAUCGCAUGUAUCUUUUAUCUUUAAUAUACUAGAAUCUCAGUU